UUCCAGUUCGAGCAGCAGGGAGAUGCCGUGCUGCAGAAGAUGAACCUCCUGCGGCAGCAGAACCUCUUCUGCGACGUCUCCAUUUACAUCAACGACACGGAGUUCCCGGGGCACAAGGUGAUCUUCGCUGCCUGCUCCACCUUCAUGCGGGACCAAUUCCUGCUCAACCAGUCGCGGCAGGCGCGGAUCACCAUCCUGCAGAGCGCCGAGGUGGGCAGGAAGCUGCUGCUCUCCUGCUACACAGGAGCUCUGGAGGUGAAGAAGAAGGAGCUGCUGAAAUACCUCACUGCUGCCAGUUAUCUCCAGAUGGUCCACAUCGUGGAGAAAUGCACCGAGGCUUUGUCGAAAUACUUGGAGAUCGAUGCUUCCAUGGAAAGCGGCCAUCAGGCUGCUGAGAGGUGCCGCUCGCCGGAUGCUGAGCUGGGAAACGGGGAGGAGGUGUUGGAUAAAGACUGUGAAAUAAUCGAGAUCUCUGAGGACAGCCCAGUGCACCUGGAGUACCCGGUAAAACAGGAGGAGGGGGACUUCUCACAGCCUGCAGAGCAGAACUUGGUCUCAGAAAGAAAGGACACAAAACCCCCAGAAAUAUCAACAGUUGAAAUCGGAUAUAAGGAUGAUGAAAUCUGCAUCUUCAGAAUGGAUUCUAUGAGUGUCGCAAACAUAGAAAAUGAUCAUUUUCCUCAGCCUUGCACAUCCUCUAAAUCAAACUUGUAUUUUCCGGAAACCCAGCACUCCUUGAUCAAUUCUACAGUUGAAAGCAGAAAUACAGAAAUGUCAGGAAAUCCCUUUCAGGCUUUCGUCAGUGAGAAUCCAGAAGGAACUUCCAGUCUGGUGAAUAGGUUCCAGAGCCUGGAUGACUCUGGCAGCUCUUGGCGGCACCAAUGUCCAAAGUGUCCGAGGGGAUUUCUCCAUCUUGAGAACUAUCUCCGACAUCUUAAAAUGCACAAACUCUUCCUGUGUUUGCAGUGUGGCAAAACAUUCACACAAAAAAAGAAUCUCAACCGACACAUCCGGGGGCACAUGGGCAUCCGGCCCUUCAAGUGCACGGUGUGCCUGAAGACCUUCACUGCCAAAACCACCCUCCAGGAUCACCUGAACAUACAUAGUGGGGACAGGCCCUACAAGUGUCACUGUUGUGACAUGGACUUUAAACACAAGUCUGCUCUUAAAAAGCAUUUAACUUCUGUUCACGGAAGGAGUAACAGCGAAAAACCCAACCUGAACGCCAUCACAAAAGUUAAAAUAGACUAUGAUUAA